GCAUCAAAUAGUUAAACACUUAUUGUUAAUCUUAAUCAUAAUUAAUACAAUUUAUUUGUCAAUAUGUGAGUUAAGUUUGAAUGGCAAGUGUGGUUACCCGGGCAAACCAUAUCGGGCUAAACUGGAACCCGACAAUAAACUACUAUACGAUGAGGGAGAAGAGGUCAGCUACCAGUGCGUCGACUUCUGGUCAUUCAUUAAGACUAGACGGUGCGAAAAGGGCCGAUGGACUGGAGAGCAACCCCGAUGUGCAUAUUCUUUAGAGAAUUUAAUGUCCCAAAAAGAUUCUGUUAUUUA